CGUCUUUGACGUUCAAGCGUCAGUUGCUGUGUUGUGUUUUAGUUGUUAGGGUAUGGGCGUGGACAAAUUCGUAAUUCCAAAAAUGCGUUUUAAACUUAUGUUUAUGUUGUCCAUAGUGCUUUUGCAUAUAGCAUUGAUUUCAGCCAAUUGUACAAUUCCACCCGUUAUUCAAGAUUCAUGGUUUUCUUGGGAAAAUGGGAAGAGUACCAUUACGGAGAUCAACGGAGAUUCAAUGUCGAGGAAGGGGCGCUGCCUCGCAAUGAAAGAAGAAUACCAUGUCAACUACACGUUUGUUUUCAAGGAAGAUACGUUAACUUGUUAUAAUUGUGUGAAGCUCAUUGUACGGACAGUGAACGUUCUAGAGAAAAUAGAGACACCCUGUGUCACAAUUGGAGCAAAUGAAGAACCAACAGUUGAGAGAGUUUGCAGAGGUUUACAUUCAGAUCAACAGCUGAUAACACUUUUCUCAGAAAAUUAUGUGCCUGUUAAUUGUCGGUCCAGUUUAGAAGGAGUGUGGCAGUUUGCAUACCAGAAUCGCUUUCGUUUCACUGGAGAAUGUGAUCAUCCAGAUGCUCAGAUUCGUUCCUGUCAAACUGCUGGAACACAGUUUCUCAUCACAAAUCAGAAAUUUAAUAUAACUUAUAAGAAAUGUCCCGGCAUGGAACAGACUUUUGAUGGAGUUGUUGAGUACAGUUGUUUAGGUGACUGGUUUGUGGACAAAAACCACUUCUUUGCAGUGGCUAAUACCAAAGAAUCCAGGAAAGAUGAGAAGUACAGGUGUUUCCUAAAAAAUAGGGAUGAUGAUCUAUAUAUUGGUGUGUCAAUUACAGCGGAGUGUAACACUCUGAAGACAGUGGAGAAGAGUCCAGAGAGACUCCGUGUUACAGCAGUGAAGGCUGAAGUGGUGGAACCAGGGUGCAGACUACCUCAGAAUUUCUCUGGUGAAUGGAUAAAUACUGCGAAUAUAGAUGCAGACAUAAUGAUUAAUGAAACUCAUAUUGUAGAAACUUGGUUUCCGGAUGAGGGAAGAUUUCGGCGUACAAUAUAUACUUGCCGUGAACAGAGGGGCACUCGUUACAUGAUGGCGAGGCUCACUGUUGAUGGCUGUCAGAAAGAUUAUGUGUGUUUUGAUUUUGUGCCCCAGCACCAUAAUAUCAUCAGAUAUCGCCGUGGUAUAGCAGUUAUAAAAGAUGAUUUCCAUACAGUCUGUUCUUGGGUUCAGUUCAAAAAUAAGGAAGCCUGGAAAUAUGAUCUUUAUUUGUCAAAGAGACCAGUACCUGUUCAGUGUCCUGUGGCAGGAAAAUUUAAUUUCACACAGCGUGGGGAUGUUCCAUUCGAAACCCGUAUUCUUGGAGGUGUUACACUGUCACCAAGACCUAAUAUCUAUUGCAAACAGAAUAUAUCAGACUUCUCUGUGUGUGACAUUGAACAGAAAGAAAUUUCAAUUGAUGAAACUUACUGCCUUAGUGUGGAUCAUUUGGGAAGACCUGUUGAUAUAUACAGUGACCCUGAUUACAAGAUGAAAUGUAUUGGAUUCUGGAAAGAGAAUCUGAAAUCAUAUCUUAUAACAUAUGAUGAACUGGAUCCGUACAGCAAGUAUCGUUGUUGGGUAUACCAAAGAGCUGACCUUAACAGAGUUCUGAUGUCCCAAGCAAUAGGUCCUUACUGUGACUUGAAGCAGGAUGUUACUAGUUGGAACUUCACCGAAGGUGCAGCAGUGGCUUUAGAGAUGCAAGAAUAUGAAAGAGAACGUGAUCAGUGUCCAAUGCACUUCGACGAUGGUAGCAACCCCUGGUUGAAGAGAGACAACUACAUUCAAAUUUUUAGGUUUGGCAACCAUGCAUAUUCACUACAGAAUGAGAUUAUUUGCAUAUUAAUGGGUCUUUUAUGUUCAUUAAUCAGGCUCAGGAUGAUUCUUUGACUGCCGUAAAUGUUGAGUGUUCUUGUUGGACCUGUUUGCAGGAAGGAUGUGGUAGAUUUUCUGCUCAUGGGCAUGUUGUUCUUUUUUAGCCGAUAAUGUGACAUAUUUUGUAUUUGAUUAAAUGUGUCCUGUGAAAAUAUCAGUUUUUACAUAUUUAUGACAGAUGAAAUGUUUUUAUAUUGAGACAUGUUACGCUUAGAAGUGGUUUUUACUUAAUUAAUCUAUACAGUAACAUAAAAGCCGUGGACAACUUUGUAACAGUUAAAGCCUGUUGUAUAUUAAGUGAUCUUGUUUGCAAUUUGGUCCCAAAACAGAAACUGUGUAUCUAGUUGCUGUUAAAGGUGAAAUGCCGUGCAGAGGGGGAGUCAUUGUCUGCAGAGGGGGAGUCAUUAUCACUUAUAUCAUCUUUUGUAAUUGCAUUUUGAUGAAAAGAUACACUUAUCAUCACUGCUGUUUUAAUAGUAAGUGGUUAGAUUUAUGUUUGCAAGAGAAGUCAUGUACUGAUUCUCUCAGUAAUGUGAGUUUCGUAUUUGCAUGUAAUAUGUCCACAUAAUGUGGACACAAGCAAUUCAAAGUAUGAAAAAAUUAUUUUGCCAAGUGAUAGUAUACAGAUGACAAUUUUUUUCUGUACUUUAAAUAUUCACAGAUUCUUAUGCACCAUAAUAUUAAUGCAGUAAUGGUCUUAAAAUGUACGGCAUACAACAAAGUAUACAGAUGACAAUUUUUUUCUGUACUUUAAAUAUUCACAGAUUCUUAUGCACCAUAAUAUUAAUGCAGUAAUGGUCUUAAAAUGUACAGCAUACAACAAGGCAGAGAAGGUCUGUGAGACUUUCCUUAUAAAAAAAUCUGUAAAUACAUGAAAUGAGGCCAAAGUCUCCCUAAAUCGUGUGUCAUCAGUUCUCUUGUACUGUGUUAUCAUGGAUAUGUUUGUUUCUGCAACAUUUUGUCUCACACGUAGCAUAUUUGCCAGCUGUUUCUGUAAAAAAAUUUCAGCAGAAACAUUGAUGUAUCAUCUCAAGUAUGACUUUUCACAUUCUUUCCAAAUUUCUGUGCAAAGAGUAAAGUAUUCCUUUAAAAAAAGGCAGGAGAAAAAGAAUGAAAGUUACUUCAACAUGUAUGUAAAUAAAAAGGGCUGUCCUUGUUACCUGUGUACUUCCAGAUUUUCCAAGAUGUGUUGGUACACAAAUGUAACAACAACAGAAAAUUUUUGAUUAUUCAUUAAAGGCCACGGAAAUGAACUGAUUGUGACUGUUAUAGGUAUUCUUGAGGAAGCAAAUUUAGCAUAUGUAAAUCAAAUUUAAGUCGUGUAAUUCCUCAUAUGGAUAAAAGUACAACAACCUAUACUAGAUUUGUUUUCCCCCCCACCCCUUCCUCCAAUUCUGUCCUACGUCAGAUCAGCUUUAUACUGGAUCAUGUUGAUGCAGUGUCCACAGUGUGCAAUUGCUAAGAAGCAACCAUCAAGAUCAUUUUUGUAUGAUAAAAACAUGCUCAUCAUGCAUCUCAUGCCAUAGUUGAUUUAAUGCCAUGCCCCUGCUCCACUCAUCCCUUCUUUUCAACCAAUUCUAAUGUUUGCAUGCAUUUUCAGUAAUAUGUGGACUUAAUUUUAAAUCAUAGAAUUGAAACUAAACUUUAAUAUGAUUUCAGUGCUGCUCACUGACAAUUGUAACUACAUGUCUUUAUCAUUCUGAAGUAAUUUACCCAAAGCAUAAAAUUUUCCUUAAGUUAAUUAAAGGUUUUUAACCACACUAAUCCAAAUGCCACAGUUUUAAACAUUCAGAUUAAAAAUUAGUACCUUGUCCCCCAGGGAAAAUUACCUGAACUGGAGAUAAUUAUUUCCUCCUUCACACAAUACUUCCAGUAAAAGGAGAGUGACCUUUGCAGCUACUUUUCAUCCUUUAAAUAGUUUGAAUAUGAAUAGUUAUCUUAAGCAGUAUGAAUCUAGAACUAAUGUAAAAGAGUCCCAUGUGUAAACUGACAUGAACUUAAUUAUCUAUAUGACGAUGAAUCUCAUUAUUCAAAUCUUCCUUAGGAGUUGAGGGUUAAGGAGACAUGCCUAGAAGUCAUUGGUUUUGAAUAGGGUUAUCACUCCACUGGUGCAUUUUAAUCACCAGUGUUUCGGAGAAAUUAACCUGAACUUUCACGUCAGGUUCAUGAUACUGAUUAAAUUUAAUUAACGCGUUGACUGUUAGGAGGAUGAUGGCCGCCACAGCAGUCUUGUGCCUAAUGUCGUGUCAUUGCAGUGCAUUGCAUUGUGCAUCCAGCAGUCAACAAGUUUAACAACGCUGCCUUUAAAAUAAAGGAGGGUUGUGGAGACAUGCUGUAAAGUCAUUGUUUUUAAAUAAGGUUAUCACCCAAAUGGUUUAUUUUAAUUACCAGUGUUUCAGAGUAAUGAACUGGAAUGUCCACAGUAGGUAUUAAUUAAACAUACUUAAAUAAUCCUGCCUUUUGUAGUCCACAAUUAUACACACAUCAGUUAAUGUUGAUACAAUUAUAAUAUGAAUAUGGUAUUUACCCAGUACUGUGGGGGGCACAACCUUCUUAAACAUUCAGCCAGUAAAAUUGAAUCAUGUGUGUUAUACUGCUACCACAGUUUGAAUACAAGAAAUGCUUUAGGCAGUACAGUGUUGUUAUAAGUAAAAUUCUGCUUUUAAAAUGGAAAAAUAGCAGUGGAAAUGCUAUUUAAGAAAAUUAAUACAAGGUUUAAAGUUUGUGAGAAUUGUGUACCUGUUGCUGUCUACACAAGUUCCUUAGUUUUUCUCGAGGUUAGCCAAGUAAACCUAGAUCACACAUAUUUAUAGUGUGUAAUGUGUCUGAAUUUUGACAGUAGCCUCAGUUCAUGAAAUUUGUACUUAAUUAUUUGCUGUCGGUUGCUGGUAAGACCUAUUUAAAUGUGCAUUGGAAUAUUGUGCCUGAUAUUUUUUUUAACUUUUUGACAGUGAAAUCAAUUAAAUAUGUGUUUCUUGUAUCAUAAGCAAUAGUUAAGUCAUAUUGUUACCAUUUAAUACUAUCGUGGGAUGUGUUAUGCAUCAUUAGGAACAUAAUUUAUAAUGCAUUUGUGAUUGGCAGUAUUGAGUUUCAAGAUUUCAAAAAAUAUGAGGAUGAUGAAAAUAAAAAAGCAAUAACUAUGUGUUCCAUCAAUCUCAAAUGUUUGAACUCCCCCCCCCCCUCCCCCCCCCCCCCAAGGAAAGUUUGUAUUCAUUUAGUGGGAACAUUUUUGUAUCUUGCCUUUUUUAAACUAUUGUACUUCUCCAACCCACUAAAAGCUUCCAUAGAAUUGCAGGGUAAUUCAGAAAAAGUGUAAAAUAAUAAUCUUCCUCUCGCCCUUGUGCCACAGUUCUAAUCUUUAUUAUUUUGUGACUGUGCAAUGUCACCUAAAUUAUUAAAAUAGUUUCGUACGCAGUAUGUGGCAAUUGGUUCUCCAUGGCACUAUGGCAGCUCUAUCAAGCAGAUAUGAGAAGUGAGAUCUGAUUGUGAAUUUGAAUACACAGUUUUAACUGAAAACAGAGGAGUGUGUUUUAAUUAUUAACAAAUAUUUGGUGCAAAUAAUCAUAAACACCAAGUGAUAGCAGGAGAAAAUGCUUAAAAGAUGUGGAAAUGAAUGAGCUUUUGGAGCCAGUAGCGCCAUCUUGUUUCAGAAGGAUUGAAGGGAAAAGAAGAGGGAUGAAGGAGGAGGACUGUUGAGAUUUAGUAAAUGGGAAGAGUUAUGGAAAAGUCACCCUGAACCCCAGUUGAGAGGAGCUUACUUGGACAGGAUGAGAAAAAAAGACUGGUAGUUAGUGCGUGCACCAAAUGAAAUUUAAAAACCUAGGGACUUAAAGACGAAAGAUAGAAUAAUAAACAAGAUAGAUAUUACUGAAAAAAAAAAGAUCAUGAGAGUCAAUAAAAGCAGAAAGGUAAGUGCAUUAUACAUGUAGGUAGUUGAGAAGGGUGGGGAUAAAUAGGCAACUCAUAAAAUAAAGAAUAUAUAAAAAUAAAAGGGAGUGAAGGAAAGGAAUAGUUACUCAAAACAAAUACUAUUACCACAGAAAUUCACAUCAAUUUUGAGGCAGAUGGGUGGUGAAAUUCGAGCACAUGUUGUAAAGCCAGUCCCUCCUGUGGAAUUUUGAGCAGCUAGUGUCAGGAGGGAGAAUCCAGAUGGUACAUGUGGUGAAACGGGCUCUGCGGUCACAAAUGUCACGUGUGUGCUCUGCAACAGAAUAUUGUGUGUUGCCAGUAUAUGCCAACUGUCUGUGCCCAUUCAUUGUAACUGAUAACUUGAACUGGGCUCUUAUCAACUCUUUCAUGGUGUUUUUUUUUCAGUAAUUACUAUAUUACUUGUUACCCUGUCUUCCACUUUUAAGUUCUCAUUUUUUCAAAUCUCAUCUGGUGCAGCCACCAACAAACUGUCUUUCCCUCUCAUCCCAUCCAGUAAGUCUCCCCUGAUUUAUGAAUUGUCCAUAUCUCCUCUCAUUUCCUAAAUCUCACUAGUCCUUUUCUUUAUCUUUCUUCUUCCUCCUUCAACUCUUCUGCCAGAAGAUGGAGCCACUUGCUCAGAAAGCUCUCCUGUUUCGACAUCUUUGUGUGUGUUCUCCUGACACCACAGGUGACAAAGAUUUUUAUGCAUCCGUAUUAUAAAAAUAAGAUACUAUUUGAGAUAAAUAUAUCACAGUUUUGUGAUACACGGUGUACUUUGUUUUGGAUGUUAUUUACAACUAAAUAUGGCAAUAUUACUCGCUAUAUUUAAUAAAACAUAAAAUAGUCUGUCUAUCAUUUUAUUAAGAUAAAAACAGUACAAACAUGUUUUUAGCAGCAGUAGAAAAUGAUACAUUUGUAAUGUAAUUAUUGAGAUUAUGAAGGUUCAAAGUAAAAUAUUGGAUCAAUCCGUCCAUUCUCAGUAUUUGAAUAUGCAUAGUUUAUGACAAGUAAUUCCUGUAACAGUUUGGAUCGAUCUGUCCAUUCUCAGUAUUUGAAUAUGCAUUGUUGGAUGUCAAGCAAUUCCUGUACCAGUUUGUGUGUUUGAAUGUGUCUGUGAUGGCUGGGUCUUAAUUUAAUGAUCUGCUGGAUGGUAACAGUGUGUAAUUGCAAAACUCAUAUGAUUAUUACUGAUGUCACAUAUGCUAGAUUUAUCCAGUGGGAUUUGACAAAUUGAUUCUCUUUGAUGUCUGUUAGUAUUUUGACAUAGCAGAAAUUCUGCUAGAACUUUUUCAUGUAAAGAAAAGUGUGCCUUACUUUCAUAUUUAUACAUAGUCUAAGCAGACAGGAAUAAGUAAUCCAAAAGUUUUAAAAUGUAUAGCAAAUGAUUUUGUUGCAGCUAUCAGUAAACUACAUGAAAUUCUGUUGUAUAAUGCACACAGAAUAUUAAUAACUCACAUUUAUAUAAGUGUUCAUUUUAAAUGGUUGUAUAUGAAAUUUUAUGUAGCAAACUGAAAAAUGUAAUGAUUUUUAACAAAUUGUAUGUUAAUAAAAUUUUCUAUUCUUUGUAA